AUGUCGACUAUUCUCGAUAUAAGUUUGAGACUUUUGUUUACUCUCCCAUUCAUCUUCUCUACGGUUCUAUCCUUGGAAGGAAAUGGUACAUUUCCAGCACAAGCCGGAUAUCUUCCUCAAUAUGAAGCCAAGUUCUUUUUGGAUGUUCUUCAUCAAAUAGCGAAGCAAUUGGGUAAAACGGACUGGGACUUUAGCCAAAACCCAUGCGAUAGAAAUAUCAAUUGGCUAACACCAUAUAUAGAAAAAUCUCCAUAUAACAACAGUGUUGAGUGUGACUGCUCCUACCCUGGUGGUGUUUGUCACGUCGUUUCCUUGUAA